GUUAAAGAACUGAACCAUUAUUUGGAAGCUGAGAAGUCAAAAACAGACUUAGAGAUGUAUGUGGCUGUUCUCAACACACAAAAAUCAGUCCUGCAAGAAGAUGCAGAGAAGUUGCGGAAAGAACUGCAUGAAGUCUGCCAUCUCUUAGAGCAAGAGCGACAACAGCACAACCAGCUGAAACACACAUGGCAAAAAGCCAAUGACCAGUUCUUGGAGUCUCAGCGUUUGCUGAUGAGGGACAUGCAACGUAUGGAAAUUGUUCUGACCUCUGAGCAGCUCCGACAAGUAGAAGAACUGAAAAAAAAGGAUCAGGAAGAAGAUGAUCAGCAAAGGCUUAGCAAGAGAAAGGAGCAGAAGCAAAAACAUUCAGACGAUGAAGCGAAAGCUCCGUGUUCUGUGGCCCAUGAGGAAACCCCUACCCAGCUCUCUAGCGAAGAGGUGCAUGUAAAUAGCACCCAUGGCUCAGUCCAUUCGUUGGAUGCAGACUUGCUUCUUUCUUCUGGCGAAUCUUUCAAUAAAUCGGAUAAUGAUAUGUUUAAAGAUGGACUACGGAGAGCACAGUCAACAGACAGUCUGGGGACAUCUGGAUCUUUACAGUCCAAAGCUUUAGGAUACAACAACAAAGCAAAAUCUGCUGGGAACCUGGAUGAGUCAGAUUUUGGACCACUUGUUGGAGCAGAUUCAGUGUCUGAGAACUUUGAUACCGCUUCCCUUGGGUCUCUGCAAAUGCCAAGUGGGUUCAUGUUAACCAAAGAUCAGGAAAAAGCAAUCAAAGCAAUGACACCAGAGCAAGAAGAGACUGCUUCACUUCUUUCCAGUGUUACACAAGGAGCAGAAAGCGCUUAUGUGUCUCCUAGUGGUUACCGCCUGGUUAGCGAGACGGAGUGGAACCUGCUGCAGAAGGAGGUGCAGAAUGCAGGCAACAAGCUGGGUAGACGCUGUGAUAUGUGCUCAAAUUAUGAGAAGCAGUUGCAAGGUAUCCAGAUUCAGGAGGCUGAGACAAGAGACCAGGUGAAAAAGCUGCAGGUGAUGCUGAGGCAGGCUAAUGACCAGCUGGAAAAGACAAUGAAAGAUAAACAGGAAUUGGAGGAUUACAUGAAAAAAAGUGCUGAGGACUCUUCUGAUCAGAUCUCUUUACUUAUGGCUAAAUGUCAAAAGUCGGAGAACUUCCUCGGCGAACUGCAGCAGUCGUUUUUGCAAGCAAAGAGGAAUGUCCAGGAGCAAAUGGCUGUCCUGACACAGUCAAGGGAGCAGGUUUCAGAAGAGUUGGUGAGACUGCAAAAAGAUAAUGAGAGUCUUCAAGGAAAACAUAGCUUGCAUGUGUCUUUACAGCAAGCAGAAGACUUCAUUCUACCAGAAGCAGCAGAGGAGCUCCGUGAGCUGAUUUUAAAAUAUCGUGAAGACAUAAUUAGUGUGCGGACAGCAGCAGAUCACCUUGAGGAGAAACUGAAGGCGGAGAUUUUAUUCUUAAAAGAACAGAUUCAAGCUGAACAGUAUUUGAAGGAAAAUAUAGAAGAAACUCUACAGCUGGAAAUAGAGAAUUGCAAAGAGGAAAUAGCUUCCAUUUCCAGUUUAAAAGCCGAACUGGAAAGAAUAAAAGUGGAAAAGGAACAGUUGGAAAGUUCUUCCCAGGAAAACCUGCAGCAACUGGAGAGCCUGCAGGAAACAAAAAGCGCUCUGGAGGAACAGCUGAAGAAGGAGACAGCAGCAAAGGCAAACCUUGAACAGCUGGUGUUUGAAGAGAAGAAUAAAGCUCAGCGGUUGCAGACUGAGUUAGAUGUCAGCGAGCAAGUGCAGAGAGAUUUUGUCAAGCUUUCUCAGACGCUUCAGCACCUGGUCGCUUUCAGGCUUGAAGGCCCACGUUGGGCAGGUCUCUACUUCCUUUAUGAUCUUUCUGUGAAAGUUUACGCUGCUUACGCACCUCCUCCAGUUCGCCAGGAGCAUGGUUUCGGUGACUGGUUCUUGGGCAAAAGAAAGAGUGAUGAUGAAGGCUUGCUUGAACCCCGCAGAAAGUGGCUUUUGAUU